AUGGUGAGUGGGGGAAGGACUGUGAGGUGUUUGCUGCUGGUCUCUGCCCUCUGCCUGGCCUGCUGCGAAGGCUACAAGAGUGAGCUGGCCAGCCCCCAUGGCCCCAGGAGGGGGGUUGCCCCCCACCUCAGGAGAAGCCUGGAUGCCUGCCUGCCAAACCCAUGUCAGCACCAGGGACACUGCCAGGCAGUGGAGGACAAAGCAGUUUGCAGCUGCAAACCAGGCUUCACGGGGGUGUUCUGCCAAGAUGUGAUACUCAGAUUGGCCUGUGAGGAAGAGCACAUGAAGAUGAUGGUGAGGAAGGAGGUGUUUGACCUCUUGAAAAUCCCCCGGGAGCUUGUCCACCUGAAGAACCAGGCAUGCAAGGUCUCAGAAAGGGAAGAAGAGGGCGAGCUGUUUUUUGCAGCCACUCUCACAGGUGAAAACCACACUGCCUGUGGCUCAAUAAUCCAGCAAAACAGCUCCCACGUGUUGUACUCCAACAUCAUCGAGUCGGAGCGGGAAGCAGUCCAGGGGGUGAUCUCCAGGAGUUCUCAGCUGGAGGUGCAUUUCUCCUGCCUCUACGCCUACGAGCAGGUGGUGAAACUGCCCUUUUCUCUCACUGCUGUUGACAAGCUGGUGCAGUUCGUGGUCAGAGAAGGACACUUCAACGUCAGCAUGAAACUGUACAAGACCCCCUCCUACCUCCAGCCUUAUCACCUACCCACCACAGCCAUCCCUGUCACCAACAUGCUCUAUGUCCUGCUGAAGCUAGAAGGGCAGCACCAGCUCAAAUACUUUUUGCUGAGCGUUGAGGACUGCUGGGCCACACCAAGUGCAGAUCCCUAUCAGGACGUGAGGCACGAGCUCAUUGAGAAGGGGUGUCCCCAGGAUGAGACAGUGACAUACUUGAAUGCUGUUGGAGAAAGCACUUCUGCCAAGUUCAGCUUCCAGAUGUUUCAGUUUGCUGGUUACCCCGAGCUGUUCCUGCACUGCCGUGUCCGGCUCUGUCUCCCUGGCAGCCUGGAGCCCUGUGCCAAGCAAUGCCCCAGGUACUCAAGGACCAGGCGGGCACUGGCAGAUGACUACAAUAAGAUUGUCUCCUAUGGGCCCAUCCAUCUGCUGGCUGAUCCUUCCUUGGGAGCAGAGACCCACCAUUCCAGGACUGACCCACAGGACCCAGGGGGACCUGGCCCGUGGCUCCUGGGGGCUCUGGUCCCGCUCGGUGCCCUGGCUGUGCUCGUGGCUGCAGCUGCCGCCGUCGGUGCCAGGCGGCGAGCGGGGUAG